AUUUACUCUGAACUCUCUCUCUCCUUUUCAGAAUAUACUGAUGAUAAUGCCCUGAUUCCCAAGAACUCGUCUGUUAUUGUCAGAAGAAUUCCUAUUGGUGGAGUAAAGUGUACAAGUAAAACGUAUGUCAUAAGUCGAACUGAACCAGUGAGUGGACCUUCAAAAGCAGUAUGUAAAAACACAAUCUCACACUUUUUUCUUCUACACAUUGUGCUUAAUUUUUAAACCAUAAUGUGGCAAUAAACAAUAUUUCUAAAUACUAAUUUUGAUUAAUUUCCCACGGCAGCAUUGAUACUGUGACCAUAUUGUAUUCUGAUUCAGUAUAGUAAAAUGAGCAAUGCAGAUCAUUUUAAUGUGGAUAAUGACACUUGUGCCAAGUGACACACUGUAUUGCAUAUUGCUUGCUAGAUUAUUUCCUGUAUGACUCUUGUGUUGUACAGAAUGCUGUAUGAUCAUUUAUAGAUCAUGUAAGUUGGGGUUUGCAUUAUUGAACGUGAUUGCCUUGUUCUACAUCUGUGUGUCUCUAGUUGGUAGCUGUAUGUUUGUAUAGGUUGUUGUGUGCUUUUUGUUUUCUUGAAAUAAAAACAUUUGGAGUGUAUCCUUUUUUUGCCACUACCAUAUUGUAUCACUUAGCUUUCGUUCUUAAUACUUUUUCUCCCUCUUUAACUUGGAAUUCAAGUACAUGCUCAAGCAUCCAGGGCAUUUUGUGCAGCUAAAUGUACAUUCAAAUAUGCAACUAUGUUCACAUGAUUUCCAUGAAGAGGGGGCACUGCUGUCCUGGGGUUCUGUUGUUUCUUCCAUUUUUCUCUGAGCAAACACUUUUAAACUAAAUUAUUCGUAAUGGGCAACAUAAUGUGAGACAUAUUUAGGCCUAAUGGCCCAGCUCUCUGAGAAAUCCACUUAGGGCCAGCUCUGUUGCUUUUUUUCUUUUUACUCAUGCCCUGACCAUCCUGAAAGCCUUAAGUUUUAUUUUUCCAUUGAAUUCCUUAGACAUCAUUUCUUUGUCCAGUUAUGAGGGUAGGUUUUUCCUUUCACUCGUGUUCAUUAAUUUUAACUUAUAGUAACAUGACUCUGUAUGCUGCUCAGAAUAGCAUUGCUUAAUUCAAAACCUUGAAAUAUACUCUUAAUUGAUGUUUAGAAUUAUAGCUUUACCUCUCUUUUUGUCCUCGUUAAGUGUGGCUGGUUUCAAUUUUUGUUAAAAUGGAGCAGUUGUCUUCCUACCGCUAGAUUAUGAUUUUGCAGAACUUGAUCAAUGAUGAGAAAAUACAGGUGCCAUUGUGCUUGCUUGUGUUCACCCUUUGAAAAUGGUUUAAUUAUAGUCUGCCUUUGAUGAAAACUGCUUGUGGUUAUAGGAGCCUCAAACCAGAAUUAGUAAAUAAGAUGGAUUUUUUUAAAAGCUAGGCUUCAUUCUUAGUUCAGAGGCAGUCCCUUUUCUGUUUGCAUGACUAUAAACAGACUACAUAUUCAUAAAUGAAGCUCGGUUUAGUAUCAUGUUAUAUGUACCAGCCAUUUUCAUACGUUUCUCAACUUGGGAUGUGCUUUUAAAAAGCUGUCUUGCAAAUGGUUCCAGAAGUUGUACCAUCCCAUACAUUUUUACCAGUCUGGCUGCCCAUGUGUACAAACACUGCUGAUGCUUGGCAUGCUAAAAGGAGAUAGAGGUGCUUUUGUAAAACCUUGCUGCUUAGUCAACCAGGAGACAUUUAUUUGCAACUUGCUGGUCUGUUUCAAGGUUGCUGAAAACCCAGGUGGGCUUCUCCUAGAAGUUCUUAAUGGGGCCAAAUGAAAUCUUCCCACUGCCUGAUGUAAGCUGACUCAUCCAGAUGCCAAACCCAGGGCGAACCUGGUGGAAAUCCUGCUUGAAGCAGAAGCUCUGUGCAUGAAACAUUUUUUUUUCUUACUGGAAUUGAGACUUCAUGGUUCUCCAACAUGAUCUAAGAUGUAGAACCUAGUUAUUAGAGUCUCCAGACUAAGCUGAGUGAGAUUUGACCAGUGGUUCUCAACUUGUGGGUCCCCAGAUGUUUUGGCCUACAACUCCCAUAAAUCCCAGCCAGUUUACCAGCUGUUAGGAUUUCUGAGAGUUGAAGGCUAAAACAUCUUAGGACUCACAGGUUGAGAAUCACUGGAUUGGACUAAGGAUAGGGAGUAGGGUAACAGUCUCAUAGAAACUAAGUAAAAUACUGAUAUUGUGUUAUCAGGGUGUAAAUUCAAAUCUUCAGUCAAUCCCUCUGUCUCAUACCUCCUUUGACAUCAAGUCAGGGGAGGGCUUCUCUGUGUGGAGGCCUUGUACUGCUCAUGUUCUUGGCAAAGCCUCUCUGCAGUCCAUUUGCCAAGAGUAGGUACUGCUUUCCCUGCCCAGAAAGAGAAGGUGUCCAUCAUGCAGUGCUCUCAAGACUGCACUGAAUUUUGAAGCAGAGAGACCUUUCUUCCCUGCUUUGGGUUAGUGUGCCGUAAGGCCAGCCACUUCCAUCAUGGGCUGGACAAUUGGGUGCAGCUCUAUGCCACUUUUCAUCUUUUUCAAGGGGCAGCUGCUUAAGAAGUCCCCUUUCAUCCUCUGGUACAACCAGCAGGCAGGAAUAUAUAAGAUUUGGCUGUGAGCCACAGUAUAAUCUGCCUAGUGAGUCACGCCCGAAAAUGUGAAUCUGAUAUCUUUUGUUUGUUAUCCUCAAGCAUCCAUGUGGUUGCUUGGGUUAUACUCUGCUUCCAAACUGUCUUUUUCAUGUUUGAAAUGGUAGUUCAGUGCCAGACUGAAAAUGAAAUCUGAACUCCCAGUAAUUUUGGAGGAGCACGUCACUUCAAACAAUUUGCUUUGGGGGGCGGGGGAUUCAUUUUUGGCUAUGGUUCUCUUCCAUUGCCUGCUUUGGUUUUCUCUUCAUCCCAUCUUCUCAAUCCAGUUUCUUGUGUUAAUACGCUCAUGGCUCAAUGUCUGUUGAAUCUGCAGGGCUAGGCAUUGCCUUUAUUCAGGCAGCACUUUAGGAACUGUGACAUGCCUUUGAUGUGCCAGUCACUGUAGUCAGUGCUGGGAAAAAUCCUACAUACCAUGUCAUUGAAAGCAAUUUAAAGUUGGGGCCAGGAACGUUUGGAAUUAGCUUUGUGAGAAGCAGCUACCCAGCUGCUUCAACACCUCACAAUUCCCCAGUUCAAGUAUUCCAUCUGAAUGUGGAAGUGCUGUGCAAAUUAGUGAUUUGGCCCUUUGCAGAAGCCAGGCAAAUUAUUAAAUCAUGCAUGACAAACAUAAUCUGAAAUAGAACAUUUAAAGGCAAAAAGAGAAGCAUUUUAACAAUCACAGGCAGAUUCAAAAAUCACCUGCUUUGUGGCAUUUCAAAGACCAGGAUGCAAUCUAUGUUGCUUUCCUCUUUUGUCAGAGCCGAGGUUUGGGUUGUGACCUUGACAGUUCUUCUCAUGAGAAUUCUGUAGCAUUGUGUCCAUGGUGGUCCUGACACUAGGUCCUUUGCCUUGUAUUCAUUAACAGCAGGUUAAGACAAGCUGUUAACGGCCUCAUUUGUUGGUUUAUGUAUUGCAAGAGGAAGGGGAGAGCCCUUUUUGCAAAUAAAGAAGUUACUUCUGUAAGGCUAAGUCUUUAGAAGAAGAACAUUUUAUUGAUUAGCCCUUAGGCCAUAUCAAAGUACCAAGCCACACAACCAGGCUCGAAAAGACCUGGUUACAUUCUAUACAAAUAUUAAAUAAAACACUUGUAACCAUACAAUAAAUAAAUAUAAUAAAACUGAGUGUGUACAUCAUAUGUCAUUGUCACCCCUAGAGUUUACCCCAAUCAGCCCCACAUAUGUGGAUCUCAAUCGUAUUGUUUUGCUCAAGUACAGAGCCGUUUUAUAUGUUAUUUUUGGAUCUUGACCGCACAUGAAGUAUGCUAAGUCUGUAUAUAUUGUACUGUUCUAUCAUUCUGUCAAGCUACUGGUCUUUGCAGAAAUGAUAAAAUGCAUUGUGGAGGUCUUCUGUGGAAUUUUUCCAUCUUAAACUUCUAUAUGAUUAAUAUAUCAUAGUGACAGUUUCUCCUUUAAGUUUAAAAAGGACAUAUAUAAUCCUCUGCACCACUGAAGGUUCCCCAUCCUGACCAAGGCCAACUCUUUUGGGAUCUGUCUUCAAAAGAGAAGAGGAAGGGGAGAUCUCUCUUCAUCUGCCUCUCAGCUUUCUCCCUGCCCCCAUCUUAAUCAAACCCCUUUUCCUUCUCAUAUACCCCUCUUUUGUGUAAAGGCUGAGCCUCAAAGGGGAGAGGUGUGUGUAUAUUGGUGUGUUGUGGAGAGAAAGAAAGAGAGUGAAAGUGAGAGGUGGGUGUGACAGACAGGAGAAAAAAAACUCUUCCUCUCUGAGCAGCCAAUCCUUCUGGCAGGGAGGGGACUUGGGGAGAAUCCCCUCCCUCCUGGCCUGCCCACCCCACUCCGGCCUGCCAUGUGGCCCCCAAGUUAGAAAGUUUGCCCAUCCCUGCCAUAGAUCCAUGCUGGAGGACCAAGACAUUUUUCUCAGGUUUAAUUUUUUUUUCUUUCAUUGUGUUUUUUUUUCUUUCUUUUACGUGGGUCUUGUGCCUCUAAACCCAGCAACGCGGAGGGCUGGCAGUUGAUGCAGUCUCUGCAUAUGUUCAGUAGGACUUUAGGAUGAAAAUGUAUGUGUUGUUGAUGUUACAACAGUAAAGCAAAGGGAUUUAGUUGUGUGAAAGACCAUAGAUAGAUUGUGUGACACUACAUUACAGGACAUUUAGACAGGUCUUGACAGAGGACAGCCUAGUGACCCCAUCCAGAUGCCCCCAAACACCUUUUUUUUUCCUUUGUAGAAAAAGAGGGGUGAAUGUCCUCUUCUGGGAAGCACCAGGGCUGGUGGGUUUGUAUAGGUACCGUGUUCAAUAUCUUUUAGAAUUGCAAUUUUUCAAUACCAGAAGUUGACUUCUGGUUGCUUUUAGGUUUGGGGUUUUUUUUUGUCAAUCUGCUCAGCCCCUGGAGCCCUGCUGAAGGAAAGCCUUGGCCCCUGGGCCCAACACAGUUUCCCACCCCUGACUUCCUUUGAAGCACCGUUUGGGAGUUGUCUUUGAGAGAUCUUAGCUAGUCGAAGGGAUUAGGAAUUGCAAACCAGCUUCCCCAAAGAUGCCGUAUAACUAACUACAGCUUAUUGGAUUCCUGGCUGCAAGUGGCCCUCACUGCAAGAUUUGAUGAAAUCUAGGGCUCAGCCUUAGGCUGGAAGAGUCUUAAUCCUUUAAAUAUUUCCUGCUGGCUUGUAAUGUGUGUUUUUUAUUGCAUCUCGUAAUCCAGAUAUGACUAUGUUUAUGAAACAGGCUUCCUAAUGUCAUAAAUGUCAUGGAGCCUCCGGUGGCCAAGGGGAUAAAAGCCUCGUGACUUGAAGGUUGGGUUGCUGACCUGAAAGCUGCCAGGUCCUACCCUGGGAGAGCGUGGAUGAGCUCCCUCUAUCAGCUCCAACUCCAUUCGGGGACAUGAGAGAAGCUUCCCACAAGGAUGGUAAAACAUCAAAACAUCCGGGCGUCCCCUGGGCAACGUCCUUGCAGACGGCCAAUUCUCUCACUCCAGAAGCAACUCCGGUUGCUCCUGACACGAAAAAAAAAUGUCAUAAAGUCUCAAAGGGAUGUGUAUUGAAUGCAGUGGUUCUUGUCAAAAAAUUACUAAUUGGAAUCAUUUCAUCCACAUUCAUUUGUAGUACUUAAUUUUCUUUUUCUCCUGUAUCCCCUCUUUCUAAGCUUCAGACAUUUAAUUAGUAUCCCAAUACUACUAGCAUCCUAAUGGUUUUUCCCACAUUGAAUAAUUUGUGAAAUACACUUGUCCAACAGCAUGCUCUUAUAAAAAGAACCAAAAGUAUUUUAACUUUGGAUGAAACUCUCUUCCUUUGCUUUUAAAAAACAUAGUCCUCUUUACAUUGAUUGCAGAAUGUGGACACAGAAGAGUUGGGUUUGCUGUCCUCGUCCCCCUCCUAACUGAAUGUUCUUUAUGCAUGUAUAUAUAUACACCAGAAGGCCAAAUCAUUACAAGCAAUUUAUAUUUUGGGUAAAGGUUACUGAGGUUUGAAAAUGGGCCUCUUUGUGGGGCUCCAAUUCAGGCUAGUUCUUGCUACUGCACUAGAGGCUAAAUAUGUAGGUUGAGUUUUGAUUGUGGAACUUGAAUGUGUGUUUAAUUUUUUAUGAACAGAUUGAUGACUCUUCUGCAUCUAUUUCUCUGGCCCAGCUUACAAAGGUAUAUAUAAAUAUAUACGUAUAUAUUCUUGUCCGAUAUAGCCAAAUGCAUUGUUGCUUGCUUGGUAUUUUUGAAUGUUUUUUUAUGCUGUGAUUUUUUUUAAAUCCCGGUUAAUUUCUGUCAACGUUGCAGAAACGUUUUAGUGAGACAAUCCUGAGCCUAAGUAUUGGAAAUGUGUGUAUCUUUAUUGAUAAACUAUCCUGUAAAGAGUAGUUCCCAGUAUGGGAAGAUAGAAGGGGAGUGCCUUAUCAGCCUCAACAUAAUGUUGCAGUUUUACUCAUCUUCAAGACAAAGAGAAGAACCACUUCUGAAGCUGUUUUAUCGUUUCUUUCAAACGUUAAUUUGCAUUGGAAAAAAUAGCACAGUUUUUAAAGAAGAAUAUUUUUAACCCUAUUUAUGGACUCCUAGCAUUGCUGUGCGCCACAGCCCCAAUCGAGGCCAUUUCCCUCUCACACGGACAAUAUACACCAUGGUUUGGGAUUCUUCACUCGUAGCCAGUGCUAGAGCAACAACACGCGUAACAUAAUCGGAUGUACAUACAUUUGUAGUGGAUGUAGUGGGCGAUAGCCAUGCGACUAAUUUGUUUGAACACAGACUGUGUAAUAAAUGUAUUUAUAGGAAUAUACCAAUGUGUUAUGUGUGGCAUAUUGGCAACUGUGACCUUCUGAAACUGUUGUAUCUGCCUUGUUUUGAUAUGAAACUGCUUGCAUUUUCCUGCUCAAUAAUGUGUAACUAUGUUGGGGAAAGCACUAGUGAUAACACCCAUCGUCCACAGAAGCAGCUGCUCUUUAAACAAUUGAACUCGAAGCAGUGUUGGCUCACGAUUUGUUUGCCUUUCUCUUGUGAACGGACGCGCGUUCCUUUUUCCCGCCAAACUGGAAACCUGAUGGGCAUUUAUUUGUAAAUGCAAAAUCUUAGCUUAAGUGAGUUAGCCGAAGUUUGGUUUUCCAUUAGUGCUGUCCUUAAAUUUGUCCAUGGUUCUGUAAGCUCAUGUCAAGUUAUUUUUUUUCUGAAAUGUGAACAGUGUCCAAGAGGUGUACAGUUCUAAGUCUCAGAGCGAACCUUAAGUAUUUCUGACAGUAUUUUCGUACUAUAAAGCAGUGCAAAGCUGUAAUUUACUUCGGCCUCUUAAAUGCAGACAGUUUUUGCAUGGAGGAAAUAUGCUUUCACAGUUUUGUUUUGAUUCCUAUUGUGUAUUUUAAAUGCCAUAUUUGAAUUUUGGUCUAUUCCUACUAAUGUUAUUUUUUUCCUUGUGCCAUCGGAUGUGUUCUGUAAACCUGUUUGGGUUCAAACAAAUUAGCUAAGUAUUUGUAACACCGUAGUCCUCUGUAAAUGUGAACAAUUUCAUAGCUGUUAAUCUGGAUUGUUAAGAAAAGCGAUGUAUCUUAAUCGACUGUUUAAUAAAAUGUUGAAACUAGCUGUUUGCUUUUGUGGAUGAAUGUGUAAAAGAAAGCGUGUCUGCCUGCUUUGGAUGUUAGGUGCUUGACUUUCUGGCCAGUCAGUUAGCAGCCCCUUAGACCUGGUUUGUCUCUGCAAUUUAGCGUCUGGAGAGCCAUCUUUCUUCAGCAUCUUAAAGGAACUGUCAUCUUGAAAGCUGCGUUCCCGAUUUGCGUGGCAGCUUUUGGAUGGCGUUCCCACAUUUUUCCCUUUUAAGGGCGCGUGACGUGGAAGAGCAGAGCGGAUCUCUUUCAGGAUGACAUUGUCCUCUUUAAACCAAUUGAAGCGCAAGUGUGACACCGCUUUGCCGGCAAAGCACCUUAAAACACACGCUUUUCGGCCUUUCGCUUUGGCAGAAAGGGACCUUUCCCACACACUUGACUCCAGGCCAUCUAAAUGUCAUAAGGAACUGGAGCAGUUACACAAGGCAUUACGUAAGACACCAAGAGAGCCUAAGGUUGAGAAUGCCCCAGCCGCAAAGAAGGAUUUUUUCCUUCUCUUUCUUCCUCCUCCUCUUUUCAGCCUCCACUGGCAGGCACAUAAAAUAAACAUCAUGUAAUGGCAUAAGGACUCCCUGGAACAUCUUCAGGACCAUCUUGAGCUGUUUUUUGAGGCGACUCCAGUUAGCUUUUUUUUAUUUUUGUGCUGCUCUUUACAGGAUUGAAUGAGUGGUGUUUGUCUUUGACUGGAUGGACAUAACUGUGUUUCUAAUGUGUGUGUCACAUGAUUACCUAUUGAACAGACCGCCAAUCUGGCUGAAGCCAAUGCUUCUGAAGAAGAUAAAAUUAAAGCUAUGAUGUCACAGUCUGGCCACGAAUAUGACCCUAUCAAUUACAUGAAGAAAGCCCCGGGACCACCUCCGCCAACCUAUACUUGCUUUCGCUGUGGAAAACCUGGCCAUUAUAUAAAGAUCUGCCCAACCAAUGGGGACAAAAACUUUGAGUCUGGUCCCCGAAUUAAAAAGAGCACUGGAAUUCCCCGAAGCUUCAUGAUGGAGGUGCAGGACCCCAACACCAAGGGGGCCAUGCUCACCAACACGGGGAAAUACGCCAUCCCGACCAUCGAUGCUGAGGCCUAUGCUAUAGGGAAGAAGGAGAAGCCCCCUUUCCUGCCAGAAGAGCCCUCCUCUUCCUCGGAGGAAGACGACCCCAUCCCGGACGAACUCUUGUGUCUGAUCUGCAAAGACAUCAUGACGGACGCCGUGGUUAUUCCCUGCUGUGGAAACAGCUACUGCGAUGAAUGUAUCAGGACUGCGCUGCUUGAAUCGGAGGAGCACACCUGCCCAACUUGCCAUCAGAUAGAUGUUUCGCCAGAUGCUUUAAUUGCCAACAAGUUUUUACGUCAGGCUGUAAACAACUUCAAAAACGAAACUGGCUACACAAAGCGGCUGCGGAAACAGCCCCCACCGCCAAGGCCAGUGGUCCAGCGGAGCCUGCCCUCUGCCCCUCGGCCCCCAGGGCCCCGGCAACAAGACCCCCUUCUUGCCUCAGCCGCCCCGGCCCCCCUUCAUCCAGCUGUGCCGUUGGCCCUGCCCUUGCCCCCAGUGCAGUCGGCCUCCGCAGCAGGUGCCUUGCCACUGAAGCCGUCUGUGGUCCCAUCGCCCGGUGAAGUUCCUGCGUCACUAGCUUUGGCUCUUCAUGCUGACAAACCUGACGGACCGUUCCGGGAGUCUGAUGGUAUUGGGCCAGCAGUGGCUCUCAUGGCGGCCUCUGAUCACCCGAAACCACUUUCCUCGCUGUCAAUUAAUACUGUUUUGGAGGAGAAGGGUUACCAGGUCCCAGUACUUGGGCAGCCCCUCUUGGGAGGGCAGCUGGGUCCUCAUGGGCAUUCCAUUCCCUCCAUGGGUCAGCCAAUGAGACCCAGCCUCCUUCGAUCGGCAGGUAGCAGGUCAGGCUGGGAGCCGGAAAAGAAAAAGUCAAAGCUCGAUGAGUUUACAAAUGAUUUUGCUAAAGAACUAAUGGAAUAUAAGAAAAUCCAGAAAGAACGCAGGCGUUCUUACUCCCGGUCCAAGUCGCCCUACAGCGCAUCCUCGUAUUCACGGAGCUCCUACACAUACUCCAAGUCCCGUUCUGGCUCCUCCCGCUCUCGGUCCUACUCCCGCUCCUUCAGCCGCUCGCACUCCCGCUCCUACUCCCGCUCCCCACCGUACCCCCGCAGAGCCCGCGCAAAGAGCCGCAACUAUCGCUCCCGCUCCCGGUCACAUGGCUACCACCGGUCCAGGUCAAGAUCUCCUCCCUACCGCAGAUACCACUCUCGGUCCAGAUCUCCCGUCUACAGAGCUCAGUCCCCAAACAAGCACCCCCCAGUUCCUCAGCCGGAAGGGGAACGGGAGUACUUUGGCCGCUUCCGGGAGGUCCCUGUUUAUGACAUGAAGGCGUAUUAUGGCCGGCCUGUGGACGUGAGGGACCCCUAUGAGAAGGAGAGGCUCCACAACUGGGAGAUUCGCUACAGAGAGUGGGAGAAGUAUUACAAGGGCUUCUUGCCCGGGGCCCAACCCAGGCCACUGCUGAACAGAGAGAACUUCUCCCCAGAGAGAUUUGGGCCUCUUGGACCCCGGCGAGACAACUCUCCAUACAUCCGGGGCCGCAGAGACGAAUUCCCCACUGCGCUGGGACAUCGGAACCGGAACAUAGGCGGAGGGGGCUACCCUGAGAAGUUGCCCGGAAGAGAAAGCCAUGGAUUGAAAGACAUGGCCAAGCCGAAAGAGAAGGAAGUUGAGAACCCCCCAGGAGAUGCCAAAGGAAAUAAACACAAGAAGCACCGGAGGAGAAGAAGAGAAGAGGGGGAAGGCUUCCUUAGUGCUGAUCCAUUAGAAGGUUCCCGGAAGCCCAGAGAUCCCCCCUCCUCCACAGGGGAGGACGGCAAGCCGGACCCGCUUUUUGUUCCCCCCAGCAGAGAUGAUGGCACCCCCGUCCGGGAUGAGCCAAUGGAUGCCGAUUCGGUCGCCUUCAAGCCCAUCUCCGACAAGGAGCGGAAGGAGAAGCCGAAAGCAAAGGUCGAAAAGGCCAAGCGGAAGAUGGAUGCCCCGGCUGCUCCUGUCCCAGCUGCCACCAAGAAAGAGACCCAAGCCAAGCCUUCCAAGGCGCCUCAAGAGAAAGUGGAAGCUGACCGCGAUAAGUCCCCACGAGCAGAGCCCCCCACCAAGAAAGUGAAGGAGGAGAUGCCAAAGGCUGACAGCGCAAAGACCUCGUCCUCCCAGAAAGAGGAGAAGCCGGUGGGCACUCCACGCAAGGCCCAUCCCCGUGGGGCCAAAGAGCACCCAGACAGCCGGUCGGGCAAAGAAGAGAAGAGCAAAAAGGAGCACUCCUCCAAGGACGUCAAGCCGGAGAAGCUGGCAAGCAAGGAGGAAAAGGCCAAGAAGCCCCUGGAUAAGGGCAAACCUGUGGAGGUCAAGCCAGAGAAAAGGAAGAGAAAGACUGAGGAAAAAGGAGACAGUAAGGAACAAGAAGCUGCGUCGUCAAAGACUCCCAAACCAGAAAGCGCAGAAUCCAAACCUGCACCAAAGGGAGUGAAAGCUGAGCCCGAAGAUGAGAAGUCGGAGAAGACGCCUGAAAAGGACAAAACGGUUCUGCCCGCUGUCCCGGCGAAAAAAAUUAAGCUGAACAGGGAGACAGGCAAGAAGAUUGCCAGCACCGAAAAUGCCCCUCCUGCCAAAGAGGCUCUGGCUGAGAAGCCUGAGCCAACAACCAGCAGCAAAGUGAAGCCGGAGAAAACAAAGGGAAAGAUGAGGAGGAAGGUGGCGAUGACAGACGGAACUGGUUCAACGCUAGUGGAUUACACCAGUACAAGCUCUGCUGGCGGGAGCCCUGUUAAGAAGGCAGAAGACAAGCUAGACACCAAGCGGACGGUCAUCAAGACCAUGGAAGAGUAUAACAACGACAUCACAGCCCCUGCAGAAGAUGUGAUCAUCAUGAUCCAAGUCCCCCAGUCCAAGUGGGACAAGGAUGAUUUCGAUUCAGAGGAGGAAGAGGAACAGGCAGCCACUAAACCUGUCCAGGUGCCUUCCGUCAUCAAGAAUGUCAGUGCAAAGCAACCCUCCACCCACCUCAAACAGAACGAGAAGGAGCCCGAUCCUCCUUCCGAGAAAACCCAGAAAACAAACAAGGAAACUUCGCGUGAAACCUUAGGGCAGUCGGAACCCAAAAGCUCCAAAAGCUCAUCGUCCAGCGAGAAAGGGAAAGCCAAAGACCGGGAUCAUGCUGUGUCUGAGAGAGACUCAUCUGAGAAAAGGAAAAGCGGCCCGCAGCUGGAGAAGGAGCGCUCCGAACACAGCACUGAGCUGGGGAACCCCAGGGCCUCCUCCUCAUCCCACUCCUCCCGGGAGAGCAGAGCCCCAGAGAAGCACGAUGCAACCCACACUUCCUCCUCCUCUGCAAAGGACUUCACUCCCAGCAGGGAAAAGAAGCACGAUCACGAGAGCAGCAGAGACCACUCAGGGUCCAAGCGACGGGAAGAGAGGAGCGAUCCUUCAAGGAAAAGGGCCUCCCCUUCCCGCCCCAGAGAAUCCUCCUCCUCUACUUCUGGGACAAAGAACAAAGGAAGGGAGGAGCGGACAGAGCCACCAAAAAAGGAGGCCUGGGAUCCAAAGCGGAGCAGCUACAGCCCUUCCAGGGAGCGCAGGCCAAAUGAGCACAAGGCCGCGGCCCAUGACUCCCGGCGCUUGUCGGCCGAGCAGCACAAGUCCCAAGAGAGGGGCUCCGGCAAGGAGAGGGAAAAGCGCCCGCUCUCGUCUGAGCGUCGGAGCACCAAGGAGAAGGCGACUGGAGGAGGGAGCAAGGCCUCACACCGGCCUCGGGGCGGUUCAUUGGAGACACGCGAUCCGGGAGCAGGGAGCGAGAAGAGCGCCCCCAAACCACCAAAGCCACAGCUGAGCCACACCUCCCGGCUCUCUUCCGACCCGACGAGAGAAACGGACGAGGCCGCCUUCGUCCCUGACUACAACGAGAGUGACAGUGACAGCAAUGCCUCGGCCAAAGCUGAGGAGCCCAAGGAGGGGAAGGACAAGAACGCUGCCGCCAACAAUUUGCCAAAGGAGGCCAUCACUGCUGGGCCGGGGGCAGGAACAGCUACCUCAGCCACUGCUCCGGCAGCGGAAGGGAGCCAGAGCACCAGCAGCCCCAGCCCCAGUCGGAGCCCCUCGGAAAGUGCCGGAAGGAGCCGCAGCAGCAGCCCCAGCUCCGCUGACAGCCAGGACAGCAAGAAGAAGCGGAAGAAGAAGGAGAAGAAGAAACACAAGAAGCACAAAAAGCACAAGAAGCAUAAGAAGCACGCAGGGCCUGAGGCUGAAGCGGAGAAGAGCCAGAAGCAUAAACACAAGAAGAAGAAGUCCAAGAAGAGCAAGGACAAGGAGAAGGAGAAGGACGACCAAAAAGCCAAGCCCCCCGUCCCUGUUUAGCAUUGAGGCCGAGGACCUUCUUGAAAGAGGAGGCGCUGGGAUGGGAUUGUUCUCCACCAUAAAACAUCGACGAAAGCGAGCCUUUGGGGGAAAGGCCAGGAAGUCCCUCUGCUGCACUUGCGCAAUUGCUGCUUGAUUUGAUUUUUACAUCAGAGCUUUAUAAAGUGAACAUUUUGUACAGACUUGUGAGUUGUGACCAUGUAAUAUGACGGGAGGGAGGGAGGGGACAGUUUGGAGGGUUUUUAAUUUUAUUUUUAUUUGGGGGGGAGGGGCAUCUUAUUUUUAAACCACCGUUAAAACUAGUUCGGGUGGAGUUUACUGUACUGUGAAUCGAUUCACAUGUAAUUUUUUUAAAGAAUUGCCUGUCAGGAAAACGUUUAAAAAGAAAAAGGCUGGUAUGGCUUACAAUAUCAGCUGGAGGACUUGCAGAAAUAAUCAUUUCAGCCUUGUUCUGUUACCUUUUGGAUUACAAUAAAAAAAGUUUCAUUAAACCUAAA